AUGCAGGGCCUCCGCUUCCGCCCCAAGGGGGGCCCCCAAGGGGGCCCCCCUGGGGGCCCCCCUGGGAGCCCCCCAGGGGGCCCCAGGGGAAGCUCCAGCCCGGAUCCGGGCAGCAGCAGCAAGAAGAGGGUUUGGGGUGUAAAGUGCAGCAGCAAGGCAAGGGCCCCACAAGCAACUGCAGGCCUGCUGCGUCUAAGCGCUGCGCUGCACUCAGCAGCAGCAGCAGCAGCAGCAGCAGCAGCAGCAGCAGCAGCAGCCGCAACAGCAGCAGAAGAGCAGCAACUCGUCAGUGCCAAGAGGCCUUCCGCCUCUGCUACGUGGAGCUCGUCAGGGCCGCUCGUCGCCAGGCCCUGGCCAUGUGUUCCCGCUCUCUCCCUGGCGCCUGUAGCGCUGCUGCUGCUGCUGCUGCUGCUGCUGAUGCGAAGGCAGCAGCAGCAACAGCAGCAGCAACAGCAGCAGCGGAGGGCUGCGGGGCAGCAGCGCCUGCUUCGUCGGGGGCUUCCCUUUCCCCAGUGGGUUCUGAAAGAGGGCCGGCUAGAGGCUCCUCUCCCAGCCCAGCUUCAUCUGCUGCAGCUGCUGCAGACCCUGCUGCUGCUGCUGCUGCUGCUGCUGCUGCUGCUGCUCGGCAGCGCACCUGUGCUGCAGCAGCAGCAGCGCGAGAGGUCCUACGCGAGCUGCGCCUCGUGGCCGUCAAGGCCGAGAGGGAAAGCCCCCAGGCCUGGCCCAGAUGGGCAAGGCCUCGCAGGGGCCCCCAAUAGGUGGCGGGGGGCCCCUAAGGCCCCCUGGGGCCCCCUUGGGGCCCCCCUGGGGCCCCUCAGAGACCCCUGGGGCCCCCCUGGGGCCCCUGAGAUGUCCCUGGGGCCCAUCUGA